GCAAACUGAUUCUGCGAGUAAGUAACAAGCAGAGCUGAGAAGAUAUUUCGGUGGUUGCCAGUCUUUUGUGCCCGAUCAUCACUGUCAGUGAACAAGUCGGCGAAGCGGCAAAAGCUCCCACGCCUCCAUGUCCUCCACCUCGCGGUCACAGUCGCGAGUAUCUUUCGCCUCCUUGACCCCCAACAACCUCGGAACUGUCCGAAAACUCAACUCUGUACUCUUUCCCAUCAAGUACAGCGAAAAAUUCUACCAAGAUGUCCUUCUACCCGAAGUAGAAGACUUUUGCAAGCUCGUGUACUUCAAUGAUGUUCCCGUGGGCACGAUAUGCUGUAGGUUUGAGACAGCCGGCGAGACUACCAAGCUAUACCUCAUGACAAUGGGCGUUCUCGCUCCAUACCGGUCAAGAGGACUGGGCUCUAAGAGCCUUGAACAUGUUAUCACCGCCGCUUUGACCCACACAAAGCCGAAGAUCGAUUCCAUAUACCUCCAUGUCCAGGUCUCCAACGCGGCAGCCAAGGGUUUCUACGAACGACACGGGUUCAAAGAAGUUGCGGUGCACGAAAACUACUACAAGAAGCUGGUGCCCCAUGAUGCAUGGAUAUUGGAAAGAAGUUUGGCCGAUCAUACGGAGGAGAAUAAGUGAGGUAUAUUAUUUCAAGCGAGCACACUGUCCGUUCUAUUGUACAGAUAUAAUACAGCGUGUGUCUCUUGCGACUCGGAGUCCGGGUGUCGUUUGAUGUGUCUAGAUUUGUGUAGUAUGCUA